AUGCGCGGCCCCUGUGAGACCGACUGCGUGGAGCGGCCCCUGUCCCGCGCGCUGCGCGGCCUGGGCGGCUUGGUGGGCGCCCACCCGUGGCCCUUCCUGCUGGUGCCCAUGGCGCUCUCGGCCGCACUGGGCUCCGGCUUCCACCUGCUGCCCAGCCGCAAGUCGAACGACAUCGAGGCGCAGUUCACGCCCCGCGGGGGGCAGGCCAAGAUCGAGCGCAGCAUGGUCCGGGAGCGCUUCUCGACGCGCGACGCCGAGCGCUUCUCAGCACAGAGGCAGACCACCGAGGGCACCUUCGCCUCCUUCGUGGCGGUGGCCGCCGAGCCCAGCCACACGCUGCUCACCCGGGCGGCCUUCGCCGAGCUGCUGGCGCUGGACGCGGCCGUGCGGGGGCUCUCAGGCGGGGGGCGUGCAUACACCGAGGUCUGCGCGCGCCGGAACGGGUCCUGCAGCAGCCCCAACCCGCUGCUGAGCGCCGUCGGCGGCGACCCGGCGCGGAUCGAGGCGCUGCUGCCCGGCCUCACCUUCCCGCUCUGGCAAGGUCGCGUCAUCUUGGGAUUCUACCUGGGAGGCGUCUCGGUGGGGCCAGGAGCGGCCGACGACCGGAGCCGCCCCGUCCGGGCAGCCAAAGCUCUGCACCUCUUCUAUCAUCUGCAGGAAGGUGAUCCUGCGCAGCGGGAAGCCAGCGUGAGGUGGCUGGAGGCCUUCCUGAAGCGUAUCCGCGACGUGCUGGGCAAGUUGAAGCUCGCUUCCGUGCGGGUGGCCUAUUUUUCCUCGAUAUCCAGACAGGAAGAACUGGAAAAAAAUGCUGAGCUAGUGGUUCCUUUGUUUAUUAUCACAUAUUUUUUAACAAUAAGCUUUUCAAUUUUAUCAUGUUCAAGGCUAGACUGUGUACGGACAAAAGUGUGGGUUGCCGCAUUUGGUGUGCUGUCAUCGGGCUUAUCUGUUAUCAGCAGUUUCGGGUUGUUGCUGUUUUGUGGCGUGCCAUUUGUCAUCACAGCUGCAAGUGGACCAUUUCUUACACUUGGGGUUGGUGUUGAUGACAUGUUCAUCAUGGUGUCCUGCUGGCAACAAACUAAAGUCAAGCACAGAGUUGAAGAUCGGAUGGCUAACACCUACGCAGAGGCUGCUGUGUCUAUUACCAUCACAACUCUUACUGAUGUUUUAGCCUUCUAUAUCGGCAUUGCAACGUCCUUUCCAUCCAUUCAGUCAUUUUGCAUCUAUACAGGAACAAGCUUUGUCUUCUGCUACAUAUACAACUUGACAUUCUUUGGGGCGGUUCUUGCUCUAAAUGGGAGAAGAGAAGAAAGCAACAGACACUGGCUCACGUUCAUGAAAGUGACGGAUGAAACUCAGCAUAGCUUUGUAUACAAUGUGUGUUGUGUGGGAGGACUUUAUGAUAAGGCCACGGGAACAGAGCAUGAGCAUCCCAUGAGUGGUUUUUUUAAAAAUCACUUUGGUCCUUUUCUUAUGCAUAAUUGGACCAAGGUGGCUGUAGUACUCUUGUAUCUCACAUACUUUUGUAGUAGUAUUUAUGGAUGCACUCUGAUUAAGGAAGGUAUAGAUCUUCGAAAUCUGGUCGAUGAUCAUUCUUAUGUGGUUCAGUAUUAUGAUUUUGAAGAACAAUAUUUUAAAGAAUAUGGUCCAAGGGUUAUGGUCAUUGUUACUAAAAGCAUAUCGUAUUGGGAUUCAUCUAUGCGUGCAGAUCUUGAGCACUGCAUGAAGGUGCUAGAAAAUUCAACCUAUGUGGACAAAAAAUUAUCAGAGUCAUGGCUGAGAAUGUAUGAAGUUGCUGCUAGAAGAAUGUCUUUAAAUAUAGAUGACCAAAGUUCUUUCAUUGGUCAUUUAUCUAUCCUGUUUAGAGAAAAUCCACAGUCUCGGUGGGAUGUUAAUUUUACUAAUCUGGAAAUAUCAGCAUCACGUUUUUUCAUUCAGACAGUCAAUGUUACUACCUCAGUGGAUGAGCGAAUUCUUUUGAAUGAACUGAGAGCCCAUGCAUCGUACUGUGACUUACCACUAAUAGUUUAUCAUCCAGCUUUUAUAUUCUAUGAUCAUUUAAUUGUAAUAGCGCAGAACACUAUUCAAAACAUUCUGAUUGCUACUGGAGCCAUGCUAUUUAUUUCCUUGCUGCUCAUUCCCAACCCUUUGUGCUCGUUGUGGGUAACUUUUGCUAUUGGGUCUGUUAUUAUUGGUGUGACUGGCUUCAUGGCUUAUUGGGAUGUCAAUCUUGAUUCUAUAUCCAUGAUCAACCUUAUUAUGUGCAUAGGGUUUUCAGUAGACUGCUCUGCUCACAUUUCUUACGCCUUUGUUAGCAGCAAGAAACCCAGCUUGAAUGACAAGGCAGUGGAUGCCUUACAUCGUCUGGGUUACCCCAUCGUCCAGGGAGCGGUUUCCACCAUUGUGGGAGUAUUGGUGCUCUCUUCGACAGACACAUACAUUUUCAGAGCAUUUUUUAAGAUUAUAUUUUUGGUUAUUUCAUUUGGAGCCUGUCAUGGGCUCUUUUUUAUUCCUGUGUUUUUAACUUUUUUUGGCUUUUUGGGGAGACUGUCAACCGCCCAAAAUAAAAUUGACUGCAAGUUUGAUGAAAACUCAGCCAGCAUUGAAGACAAUGUUAUGCAACUGCCUAUUAUAAACACCUAG